AUGGUUAUCUUACACAGCCUAUCGUUAUGGCUUAUGGCAGUACUGCCCUUUGUGCAAUACUGUCAGGCGAAGACGGUGAAUCUGGAUUUCAACGUCACAUGGGUUAAUGUGAACCCCGACGGUCUCCAUGAGCGCAAGGUGGUGGGUGUCAACGGCCAGUGGCCCCUGCCUGUCAUUGAGGUAGACAAGGGUGAUCGCCUGAUUGUUAAUAUGUAUAACGGCCUUGGCGACAAGGACACCUCCAUCCACUGGCAUGGCAUGUUCCAGAAUGGAACCAAUAACAUGGACGGUCCCUCGAUGGUUACCCAGUGCCCAGUCGCUCCUGGUUCCUCGAUUACCUAUAACUUUACUAUCCCCCAAAAUGGCACUUAUUGGUACCAUUGCCACACCGAUGCCUGUUACCCAGACGGGUACCGCCAAGCUUUGAUCGUGCACGAUAAUCAAUCAUACUUCAAUGAUAUGUAUGAUGAAGAAUAUACCGUGACAGUGAGUGAUUGGUACCACGAGCUUGUCGAGGAUAUCCCAUUUAUUCGUGUUGAAAAUCCUACUGGAGCCGAGCCGGUGCCUGAUUCAUUCCUCUUCAAUGAUACUGUGAGCGCUACGAAUAUCCCCGUCGAGGCGGGAAAGACGUAUUUGUUGCGAUUGAUCAAUAUUGGUGCCUUUGUGGCGCAGUAUUUCUAUAUCGAGGACCACACUUUCCGUAUUGUCGAAAUUGAUGGCGUGUACGUUGAUGAACAAGAGGCCGACACUCUCUACAUUGCAGUGGCACAACGUUAUUCUAUCUUGGUGACCAUGAAAAACUCCACGGAUAAAAACUAUCCGAUCGUGACCGUUGCCGACUCGGAAUUGUUAGAUACAAUUUUGCCUACCCUUCAGCUCAACCAGACCAACUGGCUUGAGUACAACAGCAGUGCGGCGCAUCCACAAGCUGUGAUGACUGUGGACACUGCCUCUGACCUUGUUCCAUAUGAUGACUUCAAACUUGUUCCUCACGACCGGAUGGCAUUGCUUCCAGACCCAGACAUGACCAUUGAGGUCGAUGUCAUCAUGGCCAACCUCGACAAUGGAGCCGGUUACGCGUUCUUCAACAAUAUCACCUACACGAAGCCUAAGGUCCCAACAUUGUACUCCGUCCUUACAUCCGGGGACUUUGCCACAAAUUCCGAGGUUUACGGCGAAUACACACACCCGUUCAUCCUCGAGCAUAACGCGGUCAUUGAGGUAAUCCUCAACAACCAAGACACGGGUUCCCACCCCUUCCACUUGCACGGCCACAACUUCCAAGUCGUCAGCCGCACUCCCUCGUACGGUGCUUCUUUCUACGACUUCGUGGAUGGCGACCCAGUCGCUUAUAACGCUACCGAGAACCCCUCCAGCAGCUUCCCGGCCUACCCUGCUCGCCGAGACACCUUUGUCGCACCACCGCAGGGCAACUUUGUCAUCCGAUUCGUCGCCGAUAACCCGGGUGUCUGGUUCUUCCACUGCCACAUCGACUGGCACUUGCAGCAGGGCUUGGCAAUGUCAUUCAUCGAAGCCCCCAAAGAGCUUCAAAAGCAGAUGUCGUUGAGCGACAGCGAAAUCAGCAUCUGCAAGGCCGCCGACAUCUCUUACGAGGGAAAUGCCGCGGCUAACACUGUAGACCUGCUCGACCUUACUGGUCAAAACAAGCAGCUCCCGUGGCUACCUGCUGGAUUCACAGCAAAGGGUAUCGUCGCGAUGGUCUUUUCCUGCGUGUCUGCCUUCCUGGGUAUGGCUUUCAUCACAGUAUAUGGCCUGUCUGGAAUCCAAACCAAGAAACAAGAGACUGCUGUGGUCACUGAGCAGAAUUCUCUGUGA